AUGGGAGAUAAACCUUAUAGGUGCACAGAAUGUGGAAAGAAUUUCAAAUGGAAUUGUCUGCUUAUUUCCCACAAACAGAUCCACACAGGUGAGAAACCAUACCAAUGCACGGAGUGUGGAAAAAGAUUCAGCAAGAACAAUUUCCUUACAUACCAUAAAAGGAUCCAUACAGGAGAGAAACCCUAUACAUGCACGGAGUGUGAAAAGACCUUCAGUUCUACACGGGAGAAACCAUAUAAGUGCACAGAGUGUAGAAAAAGCUUUAGUGAAAAUGGAUCCCUUACAAUUCACAUUAGGAUCCAUAUAGAAGAGAAGCCUUAUAAAUGCAUGGAAAGGAUCCACUUGGAGAAGCAGUAUAAAUGCAUAAAGUGUGGAAAGAGUUUUAGUCAAAGCUCUUUGCUAAUUUUUCACAUAAGAAUCCACAGAGGACAGAAAACCUAUAUAUGUCCUGAAUGUGGAAAGAGUUUCCGGUGCAGCAGUAAUCUUACAUCCCAUUAA